AGAGGUGUGUGGUUACCCACUCAGCAUCUUCUUCAUUGUUGUGAAUGAGUUCUGCGAGCGGUUCUCUUACUAUGGCAUGCGAGCUGUCCUGGUGCUGUACUUCAAGUACUUCUUACAGUGGGACAAUGACUUGGCCACCUCCAUCUAUCACACUUUUGUGGCUCUCUGCUACCUGACCCCUAUCCUUGGGGCCAUCGUGGCUGACUCCUGGCUGGGAAAGUUUAAGACUAUCAUCUACUUGUCCAUUGUGUAUGCGAUUGGCCAGGUUGCGAUGGCGGUCAGUGCAAUCCAUGACAUCACUGACACGGACAGAGACGGGACACCAGACAACAUGACCUUUCAUGUUGCGCUGUCCAUGGUGGGUCUCUUCCUCAUCGCUCUGGGCACUGGCGGCAUCAAACCUUGUGUUGCUGCCUUUGGUGGAGACCAGUUUAGUGACAGUCAGGAAAAGCAAAGGAGAACUUUCUUCUCUGUAUUCUACCUGUGCAUCAAUGGUGGGAGUCUCCUGUCAACCAUUAUCACUCCAAUCCUCAGAGCUCAAGAAUGUGGCAUCUACAGUCAGCAGAAGUGUUACUCUCUGGCCUUCGGUGUCCCCGCAGCAUUAAUGGUGGUUGCACUUGUGGUGUUUAUCGUUGGAAGUGGUAUGUACUACAAAGCUGAACCGCAGGGAAAUAUCAUGCUGGAUGUGUGUAAAUGUAUUGGGUUUGCCGUUAAAAACCGCUACAGGCACAGAAGCAGUCAAUACCCAAAGAAGGAGCACUGGAUGGACUGGGCCGAGGACAAAUAUGAGAAACUCCUCAUUGCUCAAAUCAAAAUGGUGCUGAAGGUCCUCUUUUUAUACAUCCCACUUCCGAUGUUCUGGACCUUAUUUGACCAAAAGGGUUCUCGAUGGACUCUGCAAGCCACCACUAUGGAUGGAAACUUUGGACUACUUGUGAUACAGCCGGAUCAGAUGCAGACUGUCAACCCUAUCCUGAUCCUGACCCUUGUGCCUAUAAUGGACAGUCUAAUCUACCCUCUGAUCCAAAAAUGUGGCCUGAACUUUACACCUCUGAAAAGAAUGACAGUGGGGAUGCUUUUGGCAGCUAUAGCUUUUAUCUGCGCCGCUGUGGUUCAGAUUGAAAUUGAUAAAACAUUGCCCACCUUCCCAACGGCCUCCCAGAGUCAGUUGAAAUUACUUAACAUGGGCAGUAAUCCAGUAACAGUUAAUCUGCCUGGCAAUGCUCCUCUGGUACUUUCUCCAGCUCAGGCCAGUGAGGAAUUCUUCACAUUUGAAGCAGGAAAUAUCAGUGUUUCAAUAGGCAGCCCUGCAGUGACGAAAAUUAUUUCCUUGGACAAGAAACAUCGCCAAACGCUUCUCAUUCCUUCAACCCUCACUGAUGAGUGGCAGCUGACUGAUGAUUUGACUGCCAAGCCAGAACAAGGCAACAAUGCAAUCCGAUUUAUAAAUGGAAUGAAUACAACAGUGAACGUAUCAACUGUGGCAGCUGAUUUAGGAAUAAUUGAACCAUUUUAUUAUUCCAACUACUCCUUGAUAAAAAAUGGAAAGGUCACCUUCACCAUAAAGGGUAGUUCACAGUCAUGUGAAUACAGCCGGGACUUUGGAUUUGGAAGUUCAUAUACCUUCUUUAUUCCCAGCACUUUGGACUCUGGACCAAAU